GCUCGUGGGCCACCGCGUGUGAAAGGGGGGUGGGAAAGUGUAAUGACGAGAAAGUGACACUUUGACACACAGCUGAGCUCAGUGUGGGGGUGCUGUCGGUAUCGGUGGAGAUGUUCGGUACCUGUGGAGCUGCAUAGGACCCGUACCUCGCCAGGUCUGUGUGUGUGUGUGUGUGGAAAUUAGCUCGUGCAUCUGCUCCACCUCGCACCCAUGAACUUUUCGGUCCUCCGCGCGCCGCUGCACCCUCCCUCUCACGGACAAUGAAGACGAGUCGCAGAUGCCGGACCCUUCUGUCGGUUACCUUGAACUUCUUCGCCCUGUUUUUCUCAAUAACCGCGUUUAUAACGACUUACUGGUGCGUGGGGACCCAGAGAGUCCCCAAGCCGAAGUGCAGCAAGCUGCGGACACACCAGUGUAUAGACUACGGAGUGAACGAGACGGACCCGAACAAAGUGGUGUACAGCUGGGAGACCGGGGACGACAGGUUCCUGUUCCGACAGUUCCACACCGGCAUCUGGUUCUCCUGCGAGGAAAACAUCGACGAUGAAAGUGAGAGAUGCCGAAGCUUCAUCGAUUUGGCCCCGCCAUCAGAGAAAGGGAUGCUGUGGCUGUCGCUGGUUUCUGAGAUGUUGUACAUAGUGCUGCUGGUGGUGGGCUUCAGCCUCAUGUGUUUAGAGCUGGGCCACUCCAGCAACGUCAUUGAUGGACUCAAGCUCAACGCCUUCGCUGCCGUCUUCACUGUGCUCUCAGGUCUUCUCGGCAUGGUGGCUCACGUGAUGUACACGCAGGUCUUCCAGGUCACUGUCAGCCUCGGACCACCUGACUGGCGGCCCUACAACUGGGACUACGGCUGGUCCUUCUGCAUGGCCUGGGCCUCCUUCACGUGCUGCAUGGGUGCAUCAGUCACCACACUCAACUCCUACACCAAGACCGUCAUCGAGUUCAGGCACAAACGCAAGACCUUUGAGCAAAGCAUCCGCGAGGAGCACGCACGGGAGGCUUUCGGAUAUUUCCGGGAACGCUCCGUGCACUCCAUCUCCAAAUCUGUGGAGGUUUAUUCCAGCCAGACACCAAAAAGCACCAGGAAAACUCCCAUACCUGCUGACUCUCUGGACCUGAGUGACAUUGCAGGAUCUUUGGGGGAAGAACAGUGUUGAAGUAGGGGGCAUUUCUCUCAGUGUGGCAACUUGACUGGCGGAAGCACUGUUGUUCACCUGUGGUCGGUGUUUAGUACGGGAUGAACACCUAAUUGGAUUUCACAUCAUUAGCUCCGUCUGAUACAAUUAAACGCUGCCUUAAUUGUGGGUGUGUUGUUGGUAUCGGUAGUCAUGGAGCUUCAACUCACAUAGGAGCUAGCUUCAAACUGGAAAAAGUGGACUAAUCUCAUGGAUAAAGGUGUUUUCUCUGUUUGUGUAACACAAUGUAGAUAUAAAGGAAACUGUUAAUUACACCCAUAUAAAUGGAGUGAGGGUCUCUCAGAUGCUAACAGCCUUAUUAAACAUGUUUCAGUCAAUGAAUGAAUCAAUGCAAAGACGGUGUCAGUUGAACUGGUUUUUAUUGAUUGUUAAAUAAAGCCUCAAAUACUUCCUGCA